AUGACUCCCGAACCUGUUCUUGAUCUCUCCUACGCGAAGAAGGGGAAAUCCGCAAAUGACAAUGGCUCUAUGCUUGUUGCCUCUUCUUCGCCGAUGUAUGAGAGCGGGAAUGACCUUCUUGGAGACGAGAAGAUGAGUCCCGUCAUGCUCAACAAGAUAUUUCUGGUCAACAACGUAUGCUUUCCGAACCAAGACACGCCCUACAAACCGGCAAUCAAUGAAAUCGGCUGGACACCUUUCCACCUGAAGCUCUUCUUCCUCAACGGCUUCGGGUACGCCGUCGACUCCAUGGCUGCCAUGCUACAGGGUAUCAUCGCCACCCAGGCCUUUGUCGAAAUUGGCGGCGGCGGGUACCCUACUGGCCUCACUAUGGCCCUGUACGCCGGCCUCUUGGUUGGUGCGCUCUUCUGGGGGUUUGGUGCCGACAUCAUAGGUCGCCGAAUGGCCUUCAACAUCACGCUGCUCAUGGCCGGGGCUUCCACGCUUGUUGCCGGCGCCAUGCCGAACUGGGGCGCACUGGGGCUCUUUGUCGCCUUGCUCGGCUUUGGGGCGGGCGGUAAUCUCAUCUUGGACCCGGCCGUGUUUCUCGAGUUCUUGCCGUUCGACAAGCAGUGGACCAUCACCGCCAUGGCUGCCUGGUGGGGACUUGGGCAGACGUUAGAAGGUGGCAUUGCUUGGGGAUUCUUCUCCCGAGACGAUUGGAGCUGCGACACGACGACGACGACAACGCCCCCCGAAGUCUGCACGUGGCAGAACAACAAGGCCUGGAGGCUUAUUAUGUUCACUUCCGGCGCCAUAAUCCUCACCAUGUCUGCGGCGAGGGUUCUGGUCGUUCGGCUGGAGGAAACGCCAAAGUUUCUCCUCAGUGCCGGCCGUGACGAGGAACUCGUAGCCAACUUGCAGGCCCUCGCAACAAAAUACAACAGAACGUGCUCGCUGACCACGCAGCAACUGGAAGCUUGUGGCCAUCUCAACGUCGAAUCCACGGCGAGAAAGCCGCACCACAAAGUCGGUAGACAGUUUCUGAGCCAUCUGCGCGGACUCUUCGUCACGCGGAAGAUAGCCAUCUCUACUAGCCUGAUCUGGCUUUCAUGGGCAAUGAUUGGCAUGGCGUACCCUCUAUUCUUCGUGUUCUUGCCGUCUGUGAUCAGCAGUCGCAUUGCGUCUGAUCCGCCUACCUUUUACGAAACAUGGCGAGACUACACCAUUGUCAACUUUUGCGCUAUCUUCGGGCCUCUUAUUGCAGGUUGGCUUGCCGAAAUCAAAAUUCUCGGACGCCGGUACACGAUGGUGAUAGGCGCAAUUGUGACCAUGGCCCUUUUCUUUGGCUACACUGCCGUGAGCACGGCGCAGCAGAACCUUGCUUUAAGUUGUACCAUUUGUAAGUCUCGACACCCUACCCUCCUCAUGCUCUAUCACAAUAUGUUCAAGAUCAUUUCUAAGACCACACUUUCCAUAGCUAUUUGCAUCAAUGUCUACUAUGGAACUCUCUACGCCUAUACCGCGGAGGUCCUUCCGUCGGCUCAUCGCACCACAGGUAACGGUAUCGCAGUCGCUGCCAACCGAGCUAUGGGGCUCUUGUCAGCAGUCAUUGCCGUUGUUGCGGAUACGACGACAGUGACGCCGUUGUACAUUUGUGCCGCCCUGUUUUUUCUUCUUGCUGUUGUCUCUGCUCUACUUCCGUUUGAGCCGUACGGUCGACGUGCGUCGUAA